AGUCGUACCCUGAGCCAAACUCUUGGAAGAAAUUGCCCAACAUGGUUAAGAAAGUCGCCAAGAUUAGUAACAAGUUCAUCAUCGACGCUUCCGCCGCCGCCAACGACAAGAUCUUUGAUGUUGCUGCCUUCGAGAAGUUCUUGAUUGACCGUAUCAAGGUCGAGGGCAAGACCGGUAACUUGGGCACUACCAUCGUUGUUUCUCGUGAGGGCAGCAACAAGAUUGCUGUUAUUGCUCACACUCAAUUCUCUGGUCGCUACUUGAAGUACUUGACCAAGAAGUUCUUGAAGAAGCACUCUCUCCGUGAUUGGCUCCGUGUCGUUGCUACCAAGAAGGGUACCUACGAGUUGAGAUACUACAACGUCGUCGUCGACAACGAGGAGGAGGAGCAAUAAGCUGCUUCGUCUGGUAAAAAGACUACUAGUAUAGUCAAUGUCACUUCUUGACGUAAUCUUGGCGCAUAUACUUAAUCCACCGUAAAUUGCAAGAUCAGGUCGUAUGCGAGUGUUGUGAAUUGUUGCAUUAAAAG